UGAACUUUAGAUGGAUGCGCAGUUAAGCCAAAGGUUAUAGUGAAGACGUGGUCGACCAAUCAAAUUUUAAGCUCAUUCGCAGAAAUACAAUAUUGCCGACGGAGCUGUCAAUUCGUGCGCCGUCAAAAUAAUAACAUCGUUCAUCGAUUCACCGGUUGCGUCGUUUCUGUUUCCGAUCGUAUUGAUUUGCUCGCUUCUACACGCGAGACACUCACACUAAUUUAAUUACGAGACAAGUUUUGAACGCAAUAUGCCGUCGUGUUGCGUACCAAAAUGCAAAUCGCGGAGUCUUCGCGGUAAAAAGUGUACGAUUAAAUUUUACGGGUUUCCCAAAGAGCCUCACUUGAGGAAGCAGUGGCUCCAAGCCUGUCAACGGUCAGACAAUGUGCAUUACCAACUCGUAAUAUGUGAGCAGCAUUUCCUGCCGGGGUGCAUCGAAGAGAGGUGGACCAGACGUGGACGUUGGGGACGUGUCACGAAAAAUUCACGACUGGUGCGACGAGUGAAAAGUGGCGCAGUUCCUACCGAAUUGAUGCCCGGCACGCCGGAGCCGAGGUCAGUCGAACAACAAACAACGCCGCAACAAACCGAAUCGCCGCAACAAAAUGGACCGCCGCAACAAGCCGUCGAACCACUAAGAAAACAGGCGCCAGGUGCAAUGCCAUCCUUUAGCGAGCUUCUUACUUUCGCACGGGGCAAACGUAAAGAUUUUUCCCAACAAUUUCCAAUUGAUCAGACCCAAGAGGUAGGCAUGCUUCUGGACCAUAUGCACAACUUGGAAGAAGAGAAAGUACGACUCAGCAUGGAUAACAUGCAACUCUAUUACGCGAACCUGAAACUCUUUGAGGAAAAUCAGCAGCUCAAAAAUCAGUACGCCACAAAAAGUACGGAGACGACUCCAUUUGGUUCACAGGGUGUAGUCUUUAUUCCUGUAGGAUGCGUGUCCCCCCAAGAUUGUAAUGGAUCUCCCGACGUCCCCGACGAAGGCUCGUAUACACCUGCGUAUAUAUACACACCUGCGCCAUAUUGUAUUUAAUAAUUUCACUAAUAAUUCCAUAAGACAGCAAAUGCAUGAAAAAAGAAGAAAAAUAAUAUAUAAUAUAUGUGUAUGUGUAACAGAGAAUAUACGUAAAAAAAAAGUUUCCAUU